AUGUUGUUAACACCCACCCAACUCGCGGUAACGACGCGGACGUCGGCCAAUUGGAACGAGGCCAAGCGUCGAGUUAUUCAUUCUUAUCGAGAAUGGAUACGAGCAGCACCUAAGAUUCAAUCCAUGUACUCGGUUCCGUUUCCGGUAUCUACCAUCCGCACGCGAAUGCGACAAGAAUUCGAACGGCAUAGAUACGUGAACAAGCUACCAGUAGUCGAUAUGCUCCUCAUACAGAACAAUGCAGAGUACCAGGAAACGAUGAACUUCUGGAAGCAGACUAAUCAUGUCAUGUCAUACUUCCCCGAGGAGAACUUCCGAGGAGCCGACAGAUUGCCGAACAACUUCAUGAAGGGUUUCCUAGAGGCAAGUUUCUAUCUCGGUGCCCUUGAUGCGAGAGGUUCUUAG